GUUCAAGCUCAUCCUUAUGGAUAGCAUCGCUCAGUAAUCUUUUGUGAUUACAGCUUUCGGUUAUUUUCAUAUCUGUGCAUGUAAAUGCGAGCCUACUAGUACCCGCGAAUACUAGUAAGUUAUGGCUAUUUCUGCGCUUUCAAGUUCCGGGUAUUUCAGACUUGGGCUGUGUCGCGGUUUACCCCCGUCAUCAUCUGUUCAUAAGCGUACGCGCACUCCUCGCUGCCAGUCAUAUCUAACAUCAUAUCUAACACCACUUGUCCGUUUCCAACAAUCCCCGCAAACGUCUCGGUCCAUACAUAUGUCCGCCUCGGUGAAGUCAGGGGAAAGCCAACGUAUCUUAUCAGAACCUCGGCCGUCUGCGAGUCUCGUCGUCAUCAAUGAACGGAACGAGAUUUUGCUUGUACACCGGAAUCCAAAGGCGCGCGCGUUCGGCGGUAUACAUGUCUUUCCAGGUGGAAACUACGAUGCAAAACAGGACAGUUCGUUGGCGAUGACUGCCAUACGAGAGACUUUCGAGGAAUCAGGCGUUCUCUUUGCCUCCUCGAGCAAUCCAAUCAGACUGAGCAGCACUGUGAUCAACGAGGCACGGAAAGCUGUUCACGAACAGAAGCUCGAUUUCCAGUCAUUCUUAUCCAAACAUCAUUUCAAAGUUGACAUCGGUGCUUUACUGCCUUUCACCAUCUGGGUUACACCGCCAAUAGUACCUAGACGCUUUCGCACACAAUUUUUUGUUGCUUUCCUUCCAGGGUCUUCUUCGACAGGGUUCUCAGGAGGAGAUAAGGAAGACCAACUCCCCACCCCAGAUGGGGCCCAAGAAGUCAUAGCUGCUCGGUUUGUCAAUGUAAACACUGCGAUGGAGGAGUUCAGGGCUGGGAAGAUAUCGUUUCUACCACCUCAGUACUAUAUUGUAGAAACGCUACGAUCACUGUUGACUGGGCACAUCAAUACGCAGGACCAAAGGGAGACCGUCACGAGAUUGUCGCGUGGUGGCUUUGGUCAGAUGGUCAUCAACCCGAGAGUCAGUCGUGUUCGCGACGAAGAGGGUCGUGAAAUCUUUGCCUAUGAGGGCGAUGAGACUCGGGGUGGACCCAAAGGACGCCUGCACCGAUCGUUAGUAAGACGCAAGGGAGAUAUUUUCCAUGAGAUUCAUCUGAAGCGGAAUUUCGACAUUUUUACUGACAUCCAGGCUGUGACUGUGAUGGAACCAGGACCAAAGUUAUAAUUUACAUACCAUAUUUAUGUGGACUGUAGCGAUCUUUUACUCUCGGUUCAUUAGGAACUAACAAUACAUUCAUCUAUUCGUAUCAACC